AUGGAGCAGGUGGUCUCCAAAGGUUCCAUCCCAGUCUCUGGUGCUGAUGACAAUGCCACCAUCCGUGUCACCAACCUCUCUGAGGACACGCGCGAGACCGAUCUCCAGGAGCUUUUCCGCCCCUUCGGUUCCAUCUCCAGGAUCUAUUUAGCCAAGGAUAAAACCACUGGACAAUCCAAGGGUUUUGCCUUCAUCAGUUUCCAUCGCCGCGAAGACGCCGCUCGGGCCAUCGCCGGAGUCUCUGGCUUUGGCUACGACCACUUGAUCCUCAACGUGGAAUGGGCCAAACCUUCCACCAACUGA